GAGUUUCGCGGGAGGACCUUGGCGCGUAAACCGUAUCCCUUCAUUCAUUGUCAGCAGCAGCUUCCUGGAGCCAUUUUUCAGCAGCCGGCCGCAGCACCCGGGCUGCCGCCGCCGCCUCGCAAUCCAUUGCAUCGGCCGCCCCCGCCGCCUCCAUCCCCUCUCGGGGCCAGAUAUCCGUGCGGCCGGGACCCUCCUCUCUCCAGACCCCCGAUUAUUUUUGGCCCCCGGAGCCCGUGCGGUGCGGAAAAAAUAAAAAGAAAAAAAGAGAGAGAGGGCUCGGAAGCGCCGGGCGGGGAGGCGAGAAGGAGAGACUUGGAAACUCCGGCUGCAAAUAAUAAAGAGAUUGAAAGCAAUACGUUCAUAUAUCUUAACACUAACAAACCGGCAGGAGCGCGAGAUGAGAAAGGGGAUCCCGCCCGCCCUGGACCACUACCUGGUGACCGCCGGGGGUGGGGAGGGGGCGGCUGUCGUCGCCGCCGCCGCCGCCGCAGCCUCCAUGGACAAAAGGGCACUGCUAGCCAGUCCCGGCUUCGCCGCCGCCGCUGCCGCCGCCCCGGGCGCGUACAUCCAGAUCCUCACCACGAACCCCUCCACCACGUCCUGUGCCACCUCCCUCCACGGCGGCGCCCUGGCCGCCGGCCCCCUGCUGCCCAGUGUCGCCGGCGCGGAGCCGGCCGCCGGCAGCCUCCUCUACACCACGCCGCACGGACCCUCCAGCAGAGCCGGGCUGCAGCAGCCACCAGCGCCGGGACGCGGCGGCGGCGGCGGCCCUCCGGCAAAGCGAAGGCUGGAGCUGGGCGAAAGUGGCCAUCAGUACCUCUCAGAUGGUCUAAAAACCCCCAAGGGCAAAGGAAGAGCUGCACUACGGAGUCCCGAUAGUCCAAAAACUCCAAAAUCUCCCUCAGAAAAAACACGCUAUGAUACGUCACUCGGUCUGCUCACCAAGAAGUUCAUUCAGCUCCUGAGCCAGUCACCUGACGGCGUCUUGGAUUUGAACAAGGCAGCAGAGGUGCUCAAGGUGCAGAAGAGAAGGAUUUACGACAUCACCAACGUGCUGGAAGGCAUCCACCUCAUUAAGAAGAAGUCUAAGAACAACGUCCAGUGGAUGGGCUGCAGCCUGUCUGAGGAUGGGGGCAUGCUAGCCCAGUGUCAAGGCCUGUCCAAAGAAGUGACGGAGCUCAGUCAGGAAGAGAAGAAGUUAGAUGAGCUGAUCCAAAGCUGCACCCUGGACCUCAAACUGUUAACCGAGGAUUCGGAGAAUCAAAGGUUAGCUUAUGUUACAUAUCAGGAUAUUCGAAAAAUUAGUGGCCUUAAAGACCAAACUGUUAUAGUUGUGAAAGCCCCUCCAGAAACAAGACUUGAAGUGCCUGACUCAAUAGAGAGUCUACAGAUACAUUUGGCAAGUACCCAAGGACCCAUUGAGGUUUACUUGUGUCCAGAAGAGACUGAAACACACAGUCCCACGAAAACAAGCAACCAAGACCACAAUGGGAAUAUCUCUAAGCCCACUUCCAAAGACUUGGCUUCUAACAACUCAGGACAUAGUGUCUGCCCCGUUUCUACGGCAAAUCUUUCUCCUCUGGCCUCCCCAGCUAAUCUUUUACAGCAGACUGAGGACCAAAUUCCUUCCAACCUUGAAGGACCGUUUGUGAGCUUACUGCCUCCCCUACUCCAGGAGGACUAUCUGCUGAGCCUAGGGGAGGAGGAAGGCAUCAGCGAUCUCUUCGAUGCUUAUGAUCUGGAAAAGCUACCCCUUGUAGAAGACUUCAUGUGUAGUUGAUCAUGUUUUGUACGAACUCUCCUUACAAACCAAUAUUUUUUUAUCAUGGAACCUGAACAUCUCUCAUGCAGUGUUGUCUCUUCCUGUCUUCUUCCUCCAAGAGUGUAUCAUGAAGUAAACUACAAAUUUCAGAACAAAGCUGACAUUUUAAUGAAUUAUUAAAAGAGAAUUUUUUUUUUUUUCCUAAGCGCACAGAUGUAGGCUCCCUUGAGAAAUCCCUGCCUGAUCCCAGGCUCCAAAAUCUUCCUGAUGAGUCAGCAAAUGAGAAGAUGUGCAAUCAGGUGUCCCACCUGUCCUUUUCGCUCCUUCCUUCCCUCUCAGACUGGCUUGCUGUGCCUGACGGAUGGGCUGUCAAAUGGGCCUGGCCACCUGGCCCACUGGAAAGCAGCACUCUUCCUUAAUAGCAUCUCAAGCCGUGCCUUCUCUGCAGAAUGCAUGUCUUUGCGGUCCGCUAACAUGGAAUGGAACUCUGCCGCAAAUGCAAGCUUGAAGUCAUGCAAACGUACGAAACGGAUUUCUAAAGCUCUUCUUAGGAAUAUUUAAAUUACUGUCAUAAUUCAGUGUAAGCUAUGGGCCGCGAGUCCCACGGGGAGGUCCAGAGAGCCUCCGCAGCCUUUUGGAUGAAGAAUGUGUUUGCAAAUUCUGGCUGCAGACACGGGAGACAGAAGAGCCCCGCCGCUCGAAGCUGUUGUGGAUUUUCCUGUCUUCAUACCCCAAUUCCACCUCCCCCAUCCCCAGCGUAUUUGUGAGUUUCCGGUUCAUUACUUAGGUCCUUGUGGGUUGUUUUAGAAUUCUUAUUUUUCUAGUUGCCAUCCAAGCAUUCCUGUUGCAACCAUCACCAUUUCAAUUGAAUUGUUUACCUUAAGGUGAAUUUUGCAAAUUCCUAUUUCUUUAGCAGAGGGAGAACCUCCACUGGUGAGAGCACCCAAGCCUGUGUGACCUAAGGUCCUCCAGCCUCUGCAAGAAGCAUCCUUCCAUCUUGCUUCCUUUCCUGGAUCGGGAGCUUGGAGUGAGAACAGGUCUGGAGCUCACUGGCUUGAGUGGUCCAUAGUGAGGACCACAGGUCAGAUGACACAGCAGUCCCGUGGAGCAGCAGGCUUGGAUCCCUCCAUCCUUGGGCUUCCCAGGCCCCUGCGACCAGGGAAAGGGCUCUUAAGGUCACACUCAGGGAGAUCACUUCUCAGGAUGGGGUCAGAUGGAGAGGCCUCUAGGGAGAAAGACAUCCCAUUGUGUGAGUGGUAUUCUAUCAGGGAUGCUUCCUGAAGCUGAGACGUGGCGGGGGCCUUCCACUGUGUCAGGGAGUGGGCUAGUUCUGGCCCAAGCCUACGCAUCCCUUCCCCCAGGAAGGAGUGAGAUGGGUUAAUGGAAGUCAAGAGGUAGAAAGUGAAGUGAUAAGAAUACCAGGCAUCCCCGUUAAUCCUCAGGAAUGGUGUCCCAAACUGGAGGCUUUGUCAGCUGCACAUCCUACCAGUUGUUUCCUAGCAUGGCAUUCCCACCAGCAGGUGGCGGUGGCCAUCUUGACCUGGUGUUUAAAUAAGGUAUAGUACCUCACAUCCACUCCUUGGAUGCUAAGGGCUGUAGAAACCCGGAAGUCGUGAGAACUAACCUCCCAACUGAACAGUUGAAACACUAUGUGCCUGGCCCGCCAGGAGGCUCAUAGUGGGCACUCAACUCAUAUCCCUUCGGAAAACAUUUCACUAAACCACAAGAACCCUGGCCAGUUUACUCUGGAUAGAUUUCCACAAUAUGCAAUGUGGUGGGGGGGAGGGGGGGAGACAGAAGACGCCGGCACUUUAAACUGUGUGUGGGUAUGCGUGGUGUAUGUUUGGGAAUUAAAAUCAAAGGUGCAGACUAUCUUCCUCUCCUUCAGCCUCCAUCCCCAGUCUCCUCCCCUCACACACACUGGACUUGGUACAAAAUAAUCUGUGUGGUCUGAGCUGAAGCACUGGGGUGGAGGAGGGGGAGGAGGAGCUUUAUGUUAAGUGCCUAUUGGAAAUGCACUGUGGGUUUUUUCCCAGUAUGGGAAACCAUUUAUGCCAAGCUUUCCUCCGUGCCCGUCCUAUCUCAUCUGCCUCUGCUUUCAGCCUGUGGGAUUCUCCUUACCAGCUGCACAGAGCUGUUUUGGUUUUUGGGGUUUCUUUCUUCGGGGUGUUUUUUUGUUUUGUUUUGGAUUUCUUUCCCCAAAAGUCUGAUGACUGAACUCACCUGGUUCUAGGCUGUUGUGUGUUUGGUUGACUUUUCUCGUUGAACCUAUUCAUAAUGUAAUACCGUAUUUAUUGUUUUAAGAAAUAAAAGGAAUACUAUUAAGUCUUCAAAAGUUCCUUCAUGCAUAAGACUUUUCCAGUUACUGGGCUUAACUGGUGUACAGGGAUGAGAUGUCCAUACUGUGUUCUGUUUGCAUUUUGGCUUUUUUUUUUCAUGUAGUAUCUGGCACACAAAGUAAGUGAGUACUACAGUAUUUUUAUUACUUUAAGUCCUGAGAAUGCAGUUUCCCUGGUACCGUUGAGUUGCUGCUAUAAAGCUCACACACAGAAUGGCUGAAAGUACAAGUGUGCAAAUCAUGACUGCGUGAGCCUUAGAAAAUUAAAAUGUAUAAAGGGCAACACAUGAGCUGUCAGUGUUAGGCGUGUGUUUCUGUGUACAGACUGUGCAUAGCAGUUUUAUUUAAGUUGAUGACGUAGUCUGUCUGCAUCACCAUUAUUUACUGGUUUUGUACAGAUUAUCGAUUAAUUUGUAAACACUGCCAGAGUAUUUUCUAGCUGGUUUGUAAUUGUUUAAGAGUGUUACCCUGUUUCUGGUUCUUAUGUUGUGAUGGUGGUUCUUUUCAUUUCGUCCUACAUGUAGAUCUGUCUGUAAAUAGAAUUGCAGUAUUUAAAGCUUUAGCUUUCAGGAAGAACGAAGUACGAACUGGCGUGUGUACAACAACAUGUGUGUGAGAGAGAGAAGAGGGGGUCUGAAGGAAGAUACUUUGCAGAGGAACCGGGGUGGCGGUUGUCAGGGUGUGCGAGUGUCUUCCUACCAGGUACAAGCUUUUGUAAAAAGGAAGCGUUUCUCCCAACAUUGGGAGUAGGCAAACUACUAAUCGGUUUUGCUUUGUGUUGUAUGCUAGUUUAAAAACAUAAAAUAAUGUAAUAUAAUGUAAAAAACAAAGCUUUUAUGAUGGAUUUUGUAAAUAGAUUUGUUACAGUGACUGUUCUCUAGCUGUGAUCUUACCACUUCAAAUGGAUGGAAUUUGAAUAAAUUUUGUAUGGUAAAGGAUCAAUAAAAUGAUUUUUUUUAAGAGUUCAGA